AUGAUGUGGAAAAAGCUUAAGGUGUUGGGAGCUGGUUCUUACGGAACUGUGUCUCUUGCAACGCCGUUACCACAAUACUAUUCGGGAACUGCAAUAUAUGGAGCUGUUAAAUCAGCUGAAGUUGCUCAUUCGUCUUCGCUCCAAGCGGAAGGAAAAAUAUUGGAUGAAUUGAAAGGGUCGGAUUAUGUAGUUGAAUGUAUCGGAGAAGAUGUGAGCAUAGAAAACGAUAAGCACACUUAUAAUCUCAUGCUCGAGUAUGCUGCUGGUGGAACUUUGCAUGAUUUAAUUCAUAACCCGUUGAAUUUGAUUAUGGGGGAAUCAGAGGUUGCUUACUACAGUUUUCAAAUCUUAACCGGAAUUUCUCAUAUUCAUCGUAAUGGUUACAUACAUUGCGAUCUGAAACCGGCUAAUAUACUUGUUUUUCCUCGUGCACAAAUUGAUGUUCCAGAUUUGAAGUUGGCUGAUUUUGGAUUGUCGUUGAGAACAGAUGAAUCGCUUGCAUAUAGGGGAGAACAUUCGAAGAAUAGUAGCUAUCAUAGCCAUAGAGGAACUCUGAUAUACGCAGCCCCUGAAUGUUUAGUGUAUGGGAUUCACGGUAGAGCUGUUGAUAUUUGGGCACUUGGCUGCAUUGUGGUGGAGAUGCUUACUGGGAAGCGAUUAUGGCCUGUACAUAAAAACAAGGAUGAAUUAAUGUUCAUGAUUGCGCAUAAAAAACCAGAGAUUCCAAAAAAUAUAUCAGAUGAAGCGAAGGACUUUUUAAGCAAGUGUUUGGAAAAGGAUAACUGUUUGAGAUAUAGUGCUGAUUUGUUGCUUGAUCAUCCAUUCAUCAAGAACAGUUGUUAUAAGAAGCUGAUGGAAAAUCGAUUAAUGUAUCCUUAUGUUCGUCUAGGAUGCAGAGAUUGGGUUUCUUCAGAGCACUUGUUUUCGACAAUCAGUCCUCGUGACUGCAACUUGAGAGGAUCAAUGUCUGCUAUGUAA